CAAAUCGAACUCGCACGGUACAAAAACGACAAGCAGAUGAAGCUCAUGCUCACCAACAAGAACGCAGAUGGCACACUACGCCUCACCGCAGCAGACGACAACAAGACAUCCACAGCCACAGCCAAAGCUAAGGCCAAAGCACCCGCGAAGAAGAGCCAGGCCAAGCGAAAACGUAAGAUUGUGCAUGAGGAUGGCAGUGAGAGCGACAGCAGUGGCAACGAAGACUGGGUGCCGCAGGAAGAGAACUGA